GAUUGGUUAAUCUGCUCUCCAUAGCUAGAGGUCAAGUCAGGAUAGGAAAAUCCCCUAACUUGUGUUACGUUGAGUCAAUAAAUUGGAAAAAGUUAGGAGUUGAAAAAAACGUGACCACAUACCUCAUUGCUAGUCAAGAUAAAUGCGGAAAGUGUCCCUCGGCUUGUAAAGGUGCUUGCUGGAAUGCUACUCAUUGCCAGCAAAACUUAUCUAAUGAUCACUGCCACAAGGAAUGUUGGGGCUGCUACAAAAAUUAUUCCGCCAGACACUGCAUCGUUUGCAGAAAUUAUGACGACAAUGGACUUUGUGUAAAGAGCUGUCCACCCGAUAAAUAUGCCCAUACGUUAAUCAACAAAUGUGUAACCAAAGAAGAAUGUGAAACUAAAUUACGAGAUGUCUGGUGGACUCAUAACGGAGAAUGCGUUAACAAAUGUCCGGAUUUGCAUGAAGAAAUCAAAACUCCAAAGCCCAACUCAAAGAAUUACACAAUCAGUUGCCAUUAUUGUGGAUAUAAGUGCGUAAAGCACUGUAAUACAACGGACUUAGUUAAUUCUCAGAAUGUAAUUGAUUCUAUAAGUGAAUUGAUGAAGCUAAAAGGGUGUACCCACCUUAACGGUUCCUUGAUUAUUAAAAUGCCUGAUGUGGAAAUGGAUGACCUUAACAAAUAUUUGGGAAAAGUCGUAAAUAUUUCCGGAAUGUUAAUGAUUGCAAGAACCAGAAAAUUAAGUUCUUUGCAUUUUCUAAGAAAUAUAACGUACAUCGGAAGUGAUAGAACCCCAGAGAUGGAUAUGUAUUCGAACUACAGUAUAUUUAUGUAUGAAAAUCAAAACCUUCAACAGUUAUUGAAUUACACCAAUUUGAAUCUGACUCUAAAGGGUACCAUUGGUUUCCAUAACAACCCACUCCUCUGUAUGUCUGAAAUAGAGAAGCUCGCGAAAGCUACUGGAAUAGUAUUAGACCCAAAUUCAAAUACUGGCGUCUCACGUUCCUCCAACGGAGACAAAGCUAAUUGUGUGGUAAAAGAAGUCAAUGUAACCGUUGACAUAUACUCAAAAAAUGCAACGCUCACUUGGACACCGUCCAAGGAGGAAAACGAAGCAUACGUAGCAUACACUUUAUUCUACAAGAUUGAAGAAGAGGGUAAUGCAUCGACUUCAACCCUUAAUAGUAAAGACGUCUGUACAGUUAACGAAUGGAAUAGCACUUUUACUACAAUGAACUCUGCAAAUAUUACUCAUUUACAACCAAACUCCUCUUAUGCUUAUUACCUAAUAUUAUACGUUUCAUCAAACAAUUCGAAUCCACAAGGAUUUCAUAGUACAGUAAGACACUUUGAAACACUCCCCGAUGAUCCCGAAGGGUUCGAUUCCCUUGAAGUUAGUGCUAUCGAUCAUCAAAGUGUAAACCUGACCUGGGAAAAGCCGGAACAGCCCAAUGGAAUUCUAGCACAGUUCGUCCUAUAUUUUGAUCAGUUGGAUGAUGAGUUACUCUACGAGAGGGAUUACUGCAAGAAUCCUAGAACUAAAGCUGGUGAAAGGAUUGACCAUGUAGAUAAGGGAUCAGGCUUUAACAUGGAUAAAGGAUAUAAUGGAUCAGUUUUAGACAAAAGUGCCGAAGAUUGCUCAUGUACAACACCUAGUAAUGAUAAAAUCGAGUCCGAGUUUAAAUACAAAGAUUUAAAAUCCGAUAUUUGCCAUGCUUUUGACUGUAAGAACAUGGAGUACACUACGAUUGAUGAAGAAAAGAUUAGAAAAAGAAACAGUGAUAAGCAUAUCAUAAUUCCAGCAACUGAAACGUCUUUUAACAUAACUAAUCUUCGUCCUUUUACCCUGUAUAUAUUUUAUUUUUCUGCCUGCAAUUUUCCCAUCGAACAACACCAUUGUAGCGGCGUUAUACAACGGUUUAUCAGAACCAAGAAAAAACCCAACGCCGAUGACGUAACAAUAAUGAACGUGGAACAACAAGGGGACGAUUCCCUAAAAGUUACUUGGAGAGAACCUGUAAGUCCUAAUUCUGGAAUUAUCGCUUAUAGGAUAUCUUUAACUUAUGCUAAUACUGUGAACCCUUAUUGUGAGCCCAUAAGUCGCAACAAAAGACAUUUAAGUACACAUUCCAAAGUUUUUAACGGCCUCAGGCCUGGCGAAUAUACUGUUUCUGUAAGGGCAGAAUCUUUAGCAGGGGAAUCGGAUAAUAGCAAAGUCCAAAAAAUAGAAAUAACGUCGGCGAGUAAACACGUAAUUCUAAUAGUGGUUUCUGUUAUAUGUUCUAUAUUUCUCAUUGCUAUCUUUGGUGUUUAUAUAUACUUGAAGAAAUUCAGAGGAUCCCACUUAGAUCCUCUCAUCCCUACUAUUAAUCCAGACUAUGCAGGAUUUUGGUACGAGCAAGAUGAAUGGGAGAUUGAAAGAAGAAACAUUGAGGUUAUGAGAGAAUUAGGCCACGGUACAUUCGGUACUGUGUUCCAAGGUAUAAUAAAAUCUAAAAAUAACAUGCCUUGCGCGAUAAAGACUGUUAACGAAACGUUAAGUCUAUACGAUAAAAUGAAAUUUCUAAAUGAAGCUUCAGUCAUGAAGUCCUUCAGCGACUGUUAUCAUGUAGUUAAAUUAUUAGGAGUAGUGUCAGUAAAUCACCCCCCUCUCGUUGUGAUGGAACUAAUGGAGAGGGGCGAUUUAAAGUCGUGUUUAAGAAGAAUUAGAGAUUCGUCUCAAAACCUUACAUCAAACGAAAUAUACCGUAUGGCUGUAGAAAUAGCGGACGGUAUGGCCUACCUAGCUGCCAAGAAGUUUAUCCAUAGAGAUUUAGCUGCUAGAAAUUGUAUGGUAGCUGCUGACAGAACUGUUAAAGUGGGUGAUUUCGGUAUGGCUAGGGACGUUUAUGAGACUGAUUAUUAUAGGAAAGAUACCAAAGGUUUGUUACCCGUCCGAUGGAUGGCUCCUGAAAGUUUAGCUGAUGGAGUAUUCACCACAGACUCUGAUGUCUGGAGUUUUGGAGUAGUUUUGUGGGAGAUCGCAACGCUUGCUGAACAACCCUAUCAAGGUUAUUCCAAUGGACAAGUAUUACAAUUUGUGAUAUCCAAAGGCCGCCUAACACGACCUGAAGAAUGCUCGGAUUUCCUUUACGAGCUUAUGAGGAAGUGCUGGUCAUGGCGACCUAAGGACCGACCAUCCUUUUGGGACCUAGUCGACCUUUUGGAAGAUAGAGUUAGUGAAGAUUUCAAAUUAGUGGCUUUCGUCCACAGUCGAGAAGCCUCCAUGUUCAGCCGACAGAGGGUAGAAAAUGCUCCAGCUUUGGCUGUAGAGUCAGCAGCCCAAGGACUUCUUUGCCAGUAUAAUACCGACGAAGAUGAAGUUCGGUUGCGUGUCGGUGGAGUUCCUCGACGACCCAGUUACCUGCAGACUUCUUUGAAUCAAAGAAGAUUUUCACAGACUGAUGAUGACUUUUACUAAGUAAAGGGCGUUUAUCGAAGUGAAUAUCCGCAUAUCUUAAAUUUAACUACAUAUAUGUUCCAUAUAUUAACUAAAUGUGAUAUCUACAUGUUAGUCAUUAAUAUAUCUAAUGUAAAAUAAAAUAAGAUGUUAUAUUAUAUGAGGAUGUUGAUUCUGUAUGUAAAGCGUUUUAGAUUUACUUUAUAUAAAUAUUUUAUAUAUUUCUAUAUGUACAAAAAUUGUUCUUAACAAACAAGAAAUCUGAAAAUUACAACGAUAUAUAUCAGUACCAUUUGGUCAGACGGUGCUUACUGCAUUUUUAGUCAUUUUGUGUUUAGUGCACACAAAUAAUCAAAACAACAUUCUUUAUCGUUUAGGCAGACGCUGCUAAAUGCACAACGGAUAUAAUUUGAUUGGCAGCAUUGGUUAUUCAAUGAUAAGUGCACAUUUUUUUGUUUAUGCGUGAUCAGAUUAUCAUAAGUAUUGUUAUCACACAAUGAUCAAAAUACAUUUUUCAUUUUUUAUGGUCAAAUAGUGAUAAGUGGUACAAGUCACUUGUGCAUAAGUCACAAAUUAGUAUUUUUGUGGAAUCAAGUUGUAUUAAUUCAUUGUUAAAUGCAUUCAAUAACAUGAAACAAAUAUUUUGUAGUAGAGACCUCAGCCUAAAUCUUAGAAAACGAGUAAUAAAUUAUUGUUAUGCAUUUUCUAUUCUUGUGUAUGUUAUGGAGACAUGGACUCUUAUUAAACAAUGUAAUAAUAGAUUGGAACCAUUUGAAAUGUGGACAUAUCGAAGAUUGCUGAGAAUCUCCUGGGCAGACAGAAUAACCAAUGAAAAGUACUAAGAAAAAUAGAGCACAACAGGGAGAUACUGGAUUCCACCAAAAUAAAAAAAAAACACAGUAUCUGGAUCAUAUGACACGUGGUGACAGUUAUGAAUUCUUUAAAUUAAUAAUGCAGGAAAAUAUUCAAGGAAGGCGCAGCAUAGGUAGAAGAAAAAUAUCUUGGUGUGUAUGCAGCCCAACUGAACUCUUUUGAGCUGUAGUGUCAAAAGUUAGAAUAGCAGUGAUGAUUGCCAACCUUCAUCGCAGAUGAAGACAUAGUGAAGACAUAAAUAUGACAUACAGAAGAAGAGGAAGAAGAAAUUCCACAAAAAAGUCAAAUAAUUCCAGAAUAGGAAGAUAAUAAGUAAUAUUCUUUAACAAUAAUCAUUUGGUCAAAACAUGAUAAUUUGCAAUUUUUUCAAACUCCUUUUUUAUUUUCAAACUCUUGUUCCACUUUUUCGAGUCCGUAAAAUAAAUUGUAACGUAACGGAUAGAUUCACAUAUCUAUUUAUUCUGAAAAUUGCUAAUUCCUAGGUAAAACCUUAAACACAAACUCCCAUAAACGGUUUUUUGUCUUUCCUAUAAAGUAGUAAAAAUGGACAUAACAUCAUUUGAUCAAAUGGUACAGAUAUAUAAGUAUAUAUCUUUUUAAAAAAUUGAAUUUUUAAAUAUAAAAUACACUGCUCCAAAAAAUUAUUACUCUGAGUGAGUUAAAUCAAAUCUUAAGUACUAAUUUUGGGUUGACAAAAACGAAUAUGAUAACAAAAUUGUUUUAUUAUUACCUUUAAUUUUUAUGAUAUACAAUAGGUAUGAGAUGUUAUCUUUCAACAUUGGGAGAUAAAACAAAUAUUUUUUAUACAGUGCGCUGGAAUAAGUAUUACCCGCCCCCCUUAUUAACUUAUUUAUUUUUAGCACAUAAGCAAAACGCUCGGGUAGGUCGAUUUUUAAAAUAAUCUUAUUAUAUUAUAGCAUCAAUGUUUCGAACUUUACGCCAUCCCUCUUUAGGUGACAGGCAAAACUUUGAUUUUUACAUCAUGUGACAUCUCAUUUAAAAGCUUUUGAAAUACUGAUUACAAAAAUAUGUAAUACUUUAAUCUUACUUGAGAACGUAGGCGCAAAAUUUCGAUAGAAAUAUUUUUAAAUGCAUUCAUUUUUAUCGAAUCCUGAGAAAACUAAUAAGUAUUUUUGAAAAAUUUAAACGCAGAAUGAAAUAUUACAGUAUUAGCGAGGGUCGAAAGUCCCUGAGAACUUCUAUAAUGUUUAUUUUAAUAAGUCACAGGGGUAAAAAAAGAGAAAAUUUAGUCUGAUUUUUAAUUUCAAAUAUAUUAUUCAAAAGAAACUUUUUGUUUAGUCUAAGGGACUUUAAGCCCUUCGUAAUAAUGUAGUCUUUCAUUCUGCGUUUAAAUUUUUCAAAAAUACUUAUUGGUUUUCUCAGAAUUCGGAAAAAAAAACAAUGCCUUUAAAAAUAAUUCGACCGAAAUUUUGCGCCUACGCUCUCAAAUGGGAGUAAAGUAUUAUACACUUUUGUAAUCAGCAUUUCAAAAGCUUUUAAAUGAGGUGUCACGUGAUGUACUUUCCCAUUUAAAAAAUUCAAAGUUAUGCCUGUCAUCUGAAGAGGGAUCGCGUAAAGUUCGAAACAUUGAUGCUAUAAUAUACUAUGAUUAUUUUAAAAAUCGACCUGUCCGAGCGUUUUGCUUAUGUGCUAAAAAUAAAUAAGUUAAUAAGGGGGGUAACACUUAUUCCAGCACACUGGAAGUUCAUUUAAUAUUUUAAGUUCUGCUAGUUCUGCUUUUGUGAUGUAACCCUUUUUAGGGAAUUUUAAGAAAUAUACCUCUUAUAAAGGAUUUUACUUAUUUUUUUUAUAGGCUUUCACCCAACGUGGCCGAAACUAGAAUCGGAAGUCAAUAUUUGAACUCUUCGUGUAACUUUGCGCCGAUUGAUAUACGAUUUCUCUAAUUUUAAUUAAUUUUGUCAAACUUCCGAUCAUAACUUUUUAACUGGAAGUAAUAUAAAAAUCUGAAAUAUAUUUGUUCUCAUCUUGCUAAGGGUCGUCGAAUAAUAUAUCGCUUGUACCAUUUCGGCGACUUUAAAACGGUACUUCCGUGCAAAAAGUUUUGUUCAACUCUUAAGAAAUCAACACCAGUGUUUGCACUACUUGUUGCAUACAUACUUAUUUCCGUUUGCUUCUAGAAAAUGGCAAUUAUGUUUUUUGGAGCAGUGUAUAUUUUAAGAAAAUAGUGGCGAACACUUAUUUUGCAUUAGAAGCAUAAGAGUAUUUGAAAAUGUAUAGUUAGGAAUGCUUAACAUUUCAUUGAACUCAGGUAAAAUGACUGAAAAAGUAGUAUAAGUUACUUUUUUAUGUUUGAUCAAAUUUAUAUGUUUACUUUUACUUUAAGUCAUUAAUAUUAUUGUUUAAGUAAUAUUUCUGUAAUAUAUUUUGUUAACGUUUAUUUUGUUUAAAAUAGAGGUGAGUCUUAAGAGUGAAUAUCUGUUUUUUGACAAAUAUUGCUCACGAUUUGAUGUUGCUCAUAUUGCGACAAACAUUUUUUAUGCAUGGCAUUUUAUAACGUUCUAUAGGGCUAUUGAUCGCUUUUCUUAUUUUUCGUACUAUUGACAUGUGACGUAUAAUAUAUCUACGUCAUACGUCAUUAUCAUGGCGAGGACGGAAUAGUGGCAGGACCUCGAUUUUUGACCCUUCGCUUCGUUAUCAAACGUAUUCGCUUCGUAUCUGUUUAGUGUAUAGAUAGCGAAUAAUCGAUAACGAAGCGAAGGGUCAAAAAUCGAGGCCCUGAUGCGCUAAAAAUCGGAAGAUCUGCUCUUAUCAGGGCAAUCAAACAGUUCUUCAAUACAUGCUUAGAAAACCAAACCAUAGCUGAAUGGAAUAAUUCUAUAACGCUAUUCAUACAUAAGAAAGGAGAUGAAACAGACCUCGAAACCUAUAGGACAACUAGUCCUAAGUAUGAUACAAAUUACCAUCUAACUUAUCUAAAGGCCCUAAUCGAAAAAACUAUAUAGUGUAGAGUACAACCGAUCGCUGGUACUAGUAUUUGUUGACUAUAAAAAAGCCUGUGACACUAUCGAGAUGGUAGCCAUCUUAAGAGAUUGUAGAAUCGAGUACCUAUAUAACAUUAUUCAACAUAUAUAUGCAAAUGCCACAACAGCAAUAAACCUCCACACCCAAACUCAAAAAAUAAAGCUAAAAAGGGCAGUGAGACAAGGAGACAGCGUGUCACCAAAACUAUUCAACGCCGUAAUGCAGCAUGAAUUCCAGAUGUUAGAAUGGGAAAACAGAUAUUUGAAUGUCGAUGGCGAAAGGCUGAACCACCUGCGAUUUACAGAUGACUUAAUAAUAACCGAUGGCUUAAAGGAAGCCCACGAAACGCUGCAAGAACUACAACGAGUUUCCCAAGAAGUAGCGUUGGAAAUAAACUUCGGAAAAACCAAAGUGCUAACCAAUUUAGUACCUAGCGGACUAGAUAGACAAUAGACAUCUAGAUAGACAAUAGGAAAAUAAAUUUACAGCAAAAUUAAAAAUAUCAAAAUAUCAAAUAUCAAAAGUAAAAAAUCUGAAUAAACAUGUACCAUAUACAAUGAUUAGAAUAAUAAAAAUUUCAACCAUCCAUCAAAUCAUACAUCCAAAAUUAUCAAUUCAAAUUAAUUAAACUUAUAUCCAAAUUAAAGAUUUCUUAAAUUUAGUGCUUCACAAUAAUUUAUCAUUUAUUUUAAUUCUCAAUAAAACCAACAAAACGAAUAACUCUAAUUUAAAUAGGUGGUCGUGAUUGAUAGUCUCUGUUUACUAAAAUGACGAAACUAACCUUUUGUCUCCAAAAUUGAUGACUUCCUCUCACUCUCCUUUGAUUGUGUCUUGUCCACUUUGCUCGUACUUUUCAGUUUCUCCAAACACUCCUGCCAAUUCCUCUGCUCCAAAUCUUGACUACAUGAAUAAACCCCUUUCUCUCCAGACACAAGGAUAUCUCAACUAAUCGACUUGGUCCAGUCCUUGGUUCCACCACACACAAAUACAACUUAUACUUUUUUCAAAACUUGGCAAAUUAUCAACGUCGUCUCAGCAGAAACUGUAGUGCUCUCGCGCGGUAUUCAAUUCACAAUGCCCUCUCCUCUCAUGGCAAAACUCUAUCCAAAUCAUUAAAUCUCCCACUUCGUUCUUUUUCACCAAUCAGGACCUGUCUCUAUCCAAAGAAAUUUUACCGUCUUCUCAAAAAAACAACUUUCUACUAUCUAAUAAUCCGUAAGUUAUUCUUAGUAAACACAUAAUUGACCAUUUCAAUUUCUACGGAAAACAGGAUAAUUACUUAUUCUCAAACGACCAUUUACUAAACCUACUCUUUUGUAUAAACUUUUCAUUUGUUUCGUGGUAUGCCGUACAAUAGAAAGUUCAACGUCAAAUGUUUGCAAAUGUCUAUCUAACUAAACGGUAGAAAAACCAAUAUAUUGUUUUAUUAUUUUCGGGGAAUGUCUUUAAACCGAAUACGAGUCACUAAUUCCGAAAAACACUUUCUUACAUCUAAUGCUUAAUAUACAAUAUACAGGGUGUUGCGAUUUCUGUUGGUCGGUGAUUUGAUUUUUGUCUUACUAUUUUCUGUUUUAUUUUUGAAAAAUAUGGAAACCUUAAUAAUAUAUACGUCCUACUUCAAGGGUACGAAACAAAAUAAAAGCGAUGAAUAGCCCUAUUAUAUACGUUAUUGGCAACGUUAGCAGUUUCUUUGCAUUCCAUCUUUUAUAAAUUCAACGUUUAAACGUCAAUUAUUAAUAUAUUAUUAAUAAAUCAUUAAUAUUUCCAUAAAAAACUGCAAGUAUAUUAAAAGCAUUUCAUGGAAUUGUGUGACACAAGAUCAAAAGUUGACACAAAGAAUAAAAAUUAACUAGAUUUUUAUAGUUUUUUAUCUAAAGAUCAAAAUCUCAAAAUGCCGCACAUAUUAUAUGUAGUUAGAAAGAAACAUGUUAUUAGUUUAGGUUUCAAGGAAUUAACACUUAACCCAGCAAACAUGUUGUUACGUAAAGGUACUUUAUCAGUGAAACACAGUAACCAGAUCACUUUUAUGCCUGGUUGCAGCAACAGAUCUUAAGCUCCAGCUUAGCCCAGCUCAGCUUAUAGAUAGGGUCACCGUACCACUUACGUUGCACUAUAAUUUUCGAUUCUUACUUUAUUAUUAUCUAUUAUCUAUUAUUAUGUUAUAAUAUUGUUAUUAUAUUUUGUUAUAAUUAUAUUAUAUUAAUUCUUAUCUUAUUCUCGUCUUAAGCUUAAGAUCUAUUGGUGCAACCAGGUAUUAAUAAACUAUUGAAUUAUUUGUUUCCAGUAUACCCAAAAAGAAUGUCAAAGUUUUAUAAAUGAUACAUGUUUGUGAAAGGGUUAUGUAUUGAUAUGGUUAUAUAUGUUUGGAGCAAUUAAUAAGGCUUUUCAACGAUUGUCAUUUGUUUCGAGCUUCAAUCUGUCAUAUGUCGUAUAUUCCGUCUAUAUUAAUAUUAUACUUAGAUUAUACAACAUAUGACCGAAGCUCGAAACAAAUGACAGUCGUUGAAAAGCCCUACAUUGGAGGUGUAAAAUCUCGAUAGUGGUAAUGUAUUAGUUUCAUCUCUUUUUUUAUUACACAACCUAUUAUGUUUUCCAUGUGUUGCGUUUAUUUUGCCCGUUAUUAGCCCGCUCAUCACUGUAUAGACCUGGAUAUACAUUUGUGCCCAAAUGACAUGUUUAUUGACAUUUGUUGAAAUUGUAAGUAGAGAUCGAGUAAUUUUUAUACAGUGACGAGUGCGCUAAUGACCAACAAAAUAACGGAAAACAUAUUAAUUUGCGAGCUAAAAAGAGAUGAAACUAUUAGAGAUGUGAAAUUUAGCGAAAGAAACCUAUAAAUUUACAUUGUAUUGUUUCCCACCUUUAGACAUAUCGGACGAGUUUGACAACUAUCACUGUGACGGUAAAAGUUUUAGUUGACAUACUCCUCUAUGUUCUCUAAUACGUCUAAAGGUGGGAAACAAUCAAUAUAAUGUAAAUGUAUAGGUUUCUAUCGCUAAAUUUCCCACCUCUACAAGUUUCAUCUCUGUUUAUCUCACAAAUUAAUAUGUUUUUCAUCUUUUGCGUUAUUUUGUCAGUUACUAGCGCGCUCAUCACUGUAUAGUGAAUACGACAAUGUUUGCUGGGUUACACUGAUUAUACAUCUUAAAUACUUAUGCAUGGGAGGGUAAUAAAAAUAAAUUAGCAUAUUUUAAGGUAAGAAAUGUAAGAGAGUCUUUUUACUUAUUAUUGAAAAAAAGAAAUACGGAAAUAAAGAAAAAAGUGCCUCAAUUAGCAAGUAAAUUGUUUUAAUCAAUUAUUAUUAUAUCUGUACGAAAAGGAACAACGAAGCGAUGUGAUUAUGGGGUAGGUAUGUAUGUAAGAGUAAUACACGCUAUUAAUUAUUUAAAGACAAAAUUUUCUUCAAAUUUUUUCAAAAAAAGAACUACCUAUUCAAACGUUUUAUUUUAUAAAUGAAAUUCUUUAUAAACAAGCUCGUGCUAUGCCUACAAAAUUUUAUUUGUAUUAAAUACUAUUCAAUACAUGCAUUUGUUAUUUUUAGCCUUAAAAUAUUAUGAUCUAUUUUAUUGAUUAUACACUAUAAUGCAUUGGAGAAGUCACGUGGUCGAUAAACUCAACGUAAUUGGAUAAACCCCGGUGAUUACAAAGAGAUGACUACCCUAAAUACAAACGCUUUUCUCUGUCACACUGACUGGUGGAACAGUUUUAGAUUGUAAUGCCCAGUCUAGGUAUUACACCGGGUGGACCAAAAGUCAGUUAACGCUAUCAAAAAAAGUCACUCGCAAGUUUGCGGCGUCUCCAAGAAAAUAUAUAAUGCUCUGUAAAGGGCUUUGCAAAUAAUCCACAGUUACAAGGUAUUCGAUAUUUUCAGCAAGACGGUGCACCGCCUCAUUACGGAUUGCAAGUUCGUGAGUUUCUAAAUGACCAGUUUAGUGAUUGGAUAGGGAGAAGAGACACAAUUGAAUGGCCCGCGCGUUGGCCAGAUUUGACGCCCUGUGAUUUUGCCUUGUGGGGAGUACUUAAAGAUAAAGUUUUUGCCAAUUUGAAGUUCUCCGUGCCAACUUGGAAGUCUGUAGAAAGACUUGUUUCACUGUGUAUAAGCGUUGCCAAAAAUGUAUUGAUGAAGGUGGUUUACAUUUUGAACAUAAAAUGUAAAGCAUGCACUUCUUUGUACUUACUUAUUUACAAUAAACAAUAAACGUUUUUUUUUAAUAUACAAAACGGUUAACUGACUUUUGGUCCACCCGGUAUAUAUGUGUAUGAGUAAACCCGUAAUGAUGCCUAACCUCUAUUGUUGACUAAAACUGUACAUACGAAAAACAUGGCGGCUGCGCAAUUACUUUAUAAACACAAUCCAGUGCUAUAUACCUACAAUAUUUUAUUUGUAUUAAAUACUAUUCAGUACAUGCAUUUGUCAUUUUUAGCCUUAAAAUAUUAAAAUGAUCUCUUUGAAUGAUGAAUAGAGGCUUGGACACUUUACAAAGGUUCUUGAAGAAAACUCAAGAUAUUCGAGAUGUGGUAACAGACGCAUUGUAAGAAUUUCGUGGGUGGAUCGUGUCACAAAUGUUCAUGUCCUACGUAGAAUGGGCAAGGAAUACGAGAUUAUUAACACCACCUAAGGGCGCAAACUAGAAUAUCUUAACCAUGUUAUGAGGAAUGAAAAGUGAUAUUUCUUGCUGCAACUCAUUCUUCAGGGCAAGGUAUUUGGGAAGAGAGGACCAUAGGGAAGAAGAAUAUCUUGGCUUCAAAACCUGAAAAAGUGGGUCAAUACAUCGAGUAAGGGACUAUUGGCAAUAGUCCAAAAAGUGUCGAAUAACAGCCAGCAAAUUUAAGAUAGCCAUGCUGAUCGCCAACAUACGGAACGGAUACACACCGUAAGAAGAAUAAUAUAUUUCGGCAUGUAAUGGAAAACGGAUUUGACAUCAUUAAUUAGAACAAAAAGAUAUAAAUAUAAUUUGAAUAUUAAACAAGUAUUGGCGGGUAAAAACAUGGCUGCUGCGCAUGAAAAGGUAGGAAUUGGCCUUCAUUGAUUAUUUGAAAUUAUUACUUUCUCAUGCAUAAAUAUAGAUUUUAUAGCAACAUCACCUAAAAAUAGUUUUAGAAACUCUAAAAGUGAAAAUCUAUCAAAAAUACCAUUUAUAUUAUCUCAUAAUAUGCAAAUAUCCAAAUUUUACAUUUUUUUGGGUUUCAUGUUACCGUUGUAUAGUAACCCAAAAGGCUCUGUUGGCAGUUUAGAUAACCACAAUAGUGUUAACUAAUAUUAAUUUACGAUAAACAAAACAGAAUUAUGUUUAAGAUUUCUUGUUUACAUUAUAGAAUGAAACCAAAUGUCCAAAAUACAUUUAUAUGUAUUUGUUAGUAUUAAGUGCUUUACGCCACCCAGAAUGGGACCAACAAAAGGGUUACUUUGUUUAUUUGAACCACAAGUUAGUUAUGCUUGGUACAGUGUAAAUACCGUUGCAAGUCAUUAUCUACGUCAGAGAUCUGAGUUGACGUUGUUGCCAAAUUCCAAAAAAAUUCAUAAAAUCAUUUUAAAUCAAAUAUAUCACAUAAUUAUUGCAGAAGUGAAACAAUAAUAAACUAUAAAAAACCAUAAACUGUAAAACAAUAUACUUAUAUAAUAUUCAAUAUUGUAAAUAAUUAAACAAAACUGAAGUGUCAAUACCGCAAUUGUCAAAUAAGUGUUACCAAUUUAUCCCAAAAUGUCACCUUCGUUUGAUCGCAGUUAAAAUUUAAUCCGGGCAGGUGUGCUUCAUAAAAACGCUUUAUAAUGCACUUAUACAAAUUAAAUGAAACAAGUCAUGGUAUUUUUCUUUAAGUUUACAUUAAUAGAAAGGACAUCGCACACAUCUUAUGGAAAAUAUAAUGUCACUCAAAUUCAAUAAAAUUUAUACGAAUAGAUUCGUUUUAAAUUAACGGUCAAAUCUUAUCAUUGCGCCAACUCUUAAUUAUGAUUAAUUACGGCGCAAAUUGCAAUUAAAGUUUAUCGAAAUCAAAUUUUUUAGUCAGUAAAAGUGUCAGUUACAAUUACUAUUGCUCUGUGUGCUAUUCAAAAGAGCUUAAACCCCGCUGGGCCUAAGCGGAUUAGUAAAACUAAUCCGCUGAUUUAUGGAGUACCGACAAUUUGGGUAUUAUAAAAUAUUUUUUCUCUCUCUAACUUAUGUACGUAUCCAUUUGAUUUCAGAUUUAUUUAUAACAAUUUCUGCUCAGUUUAUUGAAAACAUGGAGUUGGCGCAAUGAUAAGAUUUGACCGUAAAUUUAAAACGAAUCUAUUCGUAUAAAUUUUAUUGAAUUUGAGUGACAUUAUAUUUUCCAUAAGAUGUGUGCGAUGUCCUUUUCAAAUAAUAUUUCUAUGGGUAUAUAAUAAAAUUGUCUAACGGCUGUAAUUCCAGUGUACUUGGCAAAACGGUUCUAAAUAGCAACAGACCUAGGACUUAAAUAUUUUUGUGUUGGUAUCAUGUGACGCAACUUGCAAUGACGAAGAUGACAUGCAGCGAUAUUUAUACCAUAGACAUAAUAAGAAUAGAUAAGGUAAUGUAUGGGCCACUCUGUGCAUCGGGGUGUAACGCCAAUAUCAAGGACUUCAUUGGUCAAUAUUCACUUUGAGUGGUCUAGCCAUCUUUGUCUGCAACAUGCACGGGAUCGCGCGGUAAAGAGAGGUAGAUAGAGCAUCUACCAUCUGUUCGCGUUACACUAUUUUGCCUACCAUGCCUAGUCUAUUCUUAUUAUGUCUAUGAUUUAUACUGUACGAACCACAGUUCAGUUGGGAAAGCAUUUGACCUUGGAUGUUUUAUUAUUUUAACCUUUAGCAGGAUCAAUAAUAGUGUGAAUUAUAAAUCGCUACUGAAUUCCUUCGUUGCGUUAGCCUCCAUCUUGAUUUUAAAGGAGAAACCUUGUUGCUCAAUAUCUCCACCGUUUUCAAUUGUUCGAUAAAAAUUGUAGGAACUGGUAUGUUGGUACAUGGUACUGGUAGGAAUAAAUAUUGUGGUUACCAUUUUGUCGAAGAGUUUGAAAUGGCUGAGAUAUUGAACAAAAAGAAUUCCUAUAUAACCAUUUCCGGCAAGAUCUUACGCUCGAGCCUUUAUCGCGUACGUACGACCUCAAAUAUUGAUUCUACGCUAUGUGCUCGUAGGUAGAGGGGAUAAUUAAAAAUUCGCGAGCGCCAGUAGUAACAAGUCUGUAAGCUUUUACUGGAAAUUUGACAUAAAUGUCAAAGUGAUUAAUUUAAAACAUUGAAAUUAAAAACAUUAAUAGGAAAUAAUAUUAGUUGGUCAAAGCUGUGGUGUAUAUUUUUACCUUAAAUAUACUUACGUUUUAAAUACUGAAUUUAAGUUUUUUUAAUAUUUCGUAAUAUGUCAUUAUAAACUAAUCUAAGCGCCAUCUACACGAUAAUUGUGAAAGUAUCCGAAGUAAGAAAUUAAUAUUUCAUUAAUAGAACGUUAAAAUGAGUAGCAAAAUCUUUAAAAAAUCGAUUACAAUUUAAUUACUUUUUUGCGUUGUAAAUAUUAAGCGAUAACAAUUAAAUAAUAAAUUUAAAAAUUACCGGUGAAAGUUGCAUUAGUAAUCCGCUAGGAGCGACACCAGCGAAGCUCGGAGCGUAUAGCAAAAAAAUGAAAGAGACCAAAAUUGUAUAAAACAUAAUUCUCUCCAUUUUUGUUGAUGUACAAUUAUGUCGUAAGGUUAAUAAUAAACGAGAUACAAUUUACAAUUCAAUAAUCAUGCUUCCCCCUACCGCCAUUUUCCCCCUUAACUCAGAAAAUAUUGAUCGCAUAUAAAAAUUUUAAAAAAAUGUACGAAAUCGUAUUUACAAAAAUUUGCAGUACCUAUAAAUGAUGGAGAUAUUGAGCAAAAACUGCUCUUUAAAACGGUCCUUUAAAAUCAAGAUGGCGAUUGACACAACGACGGAAUUCAGUCGCGAUUUUAAGUUUACACUACUAUUGACCUCCUGUAAAGGUCACCAUAAUAAAAUUUCGGGCAGCUCGCCAUGCAAGGUUAGGCAUUUUUUCGUCUAACCCGACUGGACUAAUAAUUAUUACAUAAAUGUUUCUAUGCUCAACUGAAUUAUUUGUUUUUUAAAACUCUUAACUCUAGCUUUUAUCAAUUUUUAUUCUAAUGAAAAAUGCUAGUGUCUUUUUUAAGCUGAGUGUCCAUUAGAGACAAAAUAGUCUCGAGGCUGCACUCAAAAAUGUUUAUGGGUUUGAGAGAACUCUCCGAAACAAGCUGUAACCGGUUGCCGAGACUUUGCUUGUCACAAGUGGACAUGCUUAUUUAUGAUCUCGAGAUCUAGUCUCCAGUCUUCGGUCUAUGCCAGAAGAGCUGAGACGAGUCUCAGUUGGUGUUUAGUGAAAAAGUAAAUUGAUUUUGAGAAAGCUUUUGACAAAGUAAGACAUGAAAAAUUAGUCCAAAUUCUAAAGACAAAAAACAUAGACAAAAGGGACUUACGAAUAAUAACAAACCUUUACUGGAAUCAAAGAGCACAAAUUGUAAUAGAUAACGAACCCAGUCCAGAAAUUGAAAUAAGGAGAGGAGUUAGGCGGAUGUAUUAUGUCUCCAUUACUCUUUAAUGCAUAUAGUGAAGCCAUUUUUGAAGAAUUAUUACUAUCUUAAAGUGAAGGAAUAAUAAUUAACGGAAGAUCCAUUAACAACAUAAAAUAUGCAGAUGACACCGUGAUUAUGGCAAGUUCUGCUGAACAACUCCAACUACUACUAAACAAAACAAACAGUUUCUGUGAAGAAUAUGGACUAAAAAUGAAUAUAAAAAAGACCAAAUACAUGAUAAUAACUAAGAAAACAAACAUACAAACAAGCAUACAUUUGGGAAAUGUACCGAUAGAAAGGGUUGACUUUGACAGUUUAUUAAAUGAAGAAUUUGACAGACAGCCUGUGGAGACAACAGAGACAGUAGCAGCAGUGGUCACCAAAACCUGAGUUGAUGACAAAAAUGCCAAAACAAAGAAAUUAAAGUCAGAAUUGAAACUGCAAGGCAAGUAUUUAUAAAAAUGAAAGCACUGCUUACAAACAAAGAUCUUCAGUUGCCUCUCAGAUUGAGGGCUCUAAGAUGCUACAUAUUUUCUAAUGGAAGCUUGGACAUUGAAGACACAACACAUAAGAAGAAUAGAAGCGUUCGAAAUGGUACACGACAAUUAGACCGAAAUCAUUAGACCGAAAGCAAUAGACCGAACUCAUUAGACCGAAAAGCACUUUACCGAAACCUCACUAGACCGAACAGCAUUAGACCGAAAUAGUAAAUAAAUUUAAAAAGUUUGCAGUAAAUUAGGCUAAGAUUUUGUAUAUCUGUCUUUUUGUUUAUUGUAUUUUUUUGUAUUAUUUUAUAUAUAGACUGUGUAAAUUGUUACUCUGUACAGUCUGAUAUGAAAUAAUUUUCAUCCGUUAAACAAAUUAGUGAAGGUAAAAAUAAAUUAAGGGUAGAGUGCCGUUAACACCAUUUUAACUGUUUAUAAUAACUAUCCAAAUAACAUUUAGUUGUAAUUACAUUAGUAUUAUCUCUUUUACUGCGACAAGUAAAAAGAACUGCUUUUCGGUGUUCUGCUGUUCGGUCUAGUGAGUUUUCGGUAAAGUGCUUUUCGGUCUAAUGAUUUCGGUCUCUUUACAGUAAACCGUUCGAAAUGUGGUGUUACAGAAGAAUAUUGAAAAUUCAGUGGGUUCAAAGGAUUACCAAUAUUGAAGUGCUACGACGUUUAAAUAAGGAGUUAGAAAUUAUGAAGAGUAUAAAAAAUAGAAAACUGGAAUAUUUGGGUCACAUUACCAGAGGAGAAAAAUAUGAGUUGCUGAGAGUUAUUAUGCAAGGAAGGAUCCAAGGAAGAAGAAGCAUAGGAAGAAGACGCAUCUCCUGGCUGAGGAACCUUAGAGAAUGGUUUAACUGUAGUUCAUUACAACUAUUCAGGGCAGCAGCCAACAAAGUGGCCAUAUCCAUUAUGAUAUCCAACCUCCGAUAGGAGAGGGAACUUUAAGAAGAAUAACUAAUCUAAAAACAAUCCAAACUGCACAGCAGACAUUCGAAAAAAAUGUUUUAAUUGCUUUGCAUCCUCAAACCGCAACUCAUUUAUGAGAGCUUAACCGGCUCCCAAGUCAAUUCGAUGAUCCACCUAUUUUCUCAUCCAACACUUCUUUUUUUCACCUUUUUUUUUUCUUUUUUUGCACUAUUCUAUACGAGUGUACAGAUUAAGACAGAGGUGAAUCCAUUUUAAUUCUUUAAAAUGGAUUUAAAUAAUGGAUAUAAAAUAUGUACCUAUAGGCAGAGCUGGGCCGGGUACUGAUAAACUGUACUCGGUUACAGAGUACCGGGUACUUUUCAUAUUUGAGGAACGAGUACAGAAUACCGAUUACAUUGCUCAAAAAAAGUACUCAGAGUACAAUACUCAAAGUACAAUUACCCGAAUUUCUCGGGUACUUAUUUCGAGUACAUUUGAAUAUAGAACCCGAAAAAAGGUAAGAGGGUAAUAAUUUUCUCUGUCUCUCUAAACAUAUUUAUUUAUGAGUCAUGAAAACAUAAAAUAACGUACAACUCCAACUUAAAUAAAAAAAAUAAGAAUUUAAAAAUUGAUCAUUGAUUAAUACAGUAAAACGUGUCAGUAACGGCCACUAAAAAUUAAGGAACUAUUGGCCGAUAUAGAAAAGUGACCGGUAUUUCCAGUUUUUGUAGUUCACAAAUAUAUAAAAGAUAAUUGGAACUUUGUGUAUUUUGUUAAUAAAAGCAAAUAUAUUUCUAUAGGUACAUAAACGGAAACUACUUAAACUACUUUAAUAUCCUAAUAUAAAACAAAACUGUACUACGGAAAAAACAGAAUGAUGUUAAGCUUUUUUAAAGAAUUUCUCAACCCACUUUUAUUUUUUAUAUCCUUUGAUAUUUUGAGUUUUUACACCAUAUUUUUCGGUCAACUUUUGUGAAUUGUAUUCAUACUUAUAAAUAGUGACAAACGUUUCUCUUUUACAACACUUUGACAUUUUAUUAUAGGAUUUUAAGAACCUAUUGUGACCACCGACCCGAUGCGGGGUAUUUAAUCUGCUGUUUAGGUAGAUACAAUAGGUCCUAAUACUUAAGUAGUACUGGGAAUUUCCAUCAACAAAUAGACAAAAUUAUUUUGGUCAACAUUCACAUUCAAUUUCUAUAAAAUGAGCUUUAAAAAUAUGUGAUUAUUUGGUCGCGUCCAUAUUAUAUAUAAAGGUGGCCGUAAAUAGCAGGUCAUAAAUAAGGGAAUAUACAUAUUAUGUAUAAUUAGUUUGGGGAAUUUUGAAACUGGCCGUAAGGACAAGUGGUCGAUUAUAGCAGGUUGUCGGUAACACAGGUUUUACUGUAAUCAGUAAAACACCACGCACACUCACUGAUUAAUUUUAUUGGCUUUUAAGAUAACUAAUUUUUCAAAGUUCUUCAGAGCAUUUCUUGAAGGGCUAUUAAUUAUUAUGGCAUAAGAGAAUAGGCGUUUGCUUGACUUUGCGAAUGGACUGAUACUGAAAACGGCGUUUUGCCUGUUGCUAUUAAUUUGUUGCCCCACAUGCAGCGACAAGUUUAGACUUGCAAAAAGUACUCGGAAAAUGUACUCGUAUAAUAAACGCGGGUACCGGGUAUUUUACCCAUACGCCACGGGUACGAGUACCGAGUACUUUAUUGAAAAUGUACUUUUCAAGUACAAAAUUCGGGUACUUGUACGCGGGUAUUGCCCAGCUCUGCCUAUAGGCUAUACGCUCAAUAAAGUCACAGUGGGUUGUGCGUUGACUCUCUAGUCGACACGGAAUUGUCUUGGUCUCGAGACUAAAAUCACCAGUAAGUCUCCCAUGACGAUCUCAAGUCCGCAAUUGAUCUCAAAUGGACAACACCUUAGGACUAAUCUUGAGAUUUUAUCUCAGGUGGACAGUUAGCUUAAGAAUUGUUCAUUUCUCACUUUGUCCAUUAGUGUUAAUUUGCCGCUUCUUCUCCAAUCUUCUUCUUCUCUUUCAUUUCCAUUACAUUUAAUCUGUUUUCCAUGUUUUUAUUUGUCACCCACGUCUCUGAGCCAUAGAGUGAGCAGCUUUCCACUAUUGUUUUAACUAUUUAUUGUUUGGUUUGACUUGUAAUAUCGUCGCUCCAUGUAAUAAUUGAGCAUUGGUAUUUGCUCUAACUAUAGCGGGUCUAACUUAGCUCUCUCAUAAGGUGUUAAUUUACAAAAUUAAAAUAUAUUUUUGUUCAAAAUUUUUUCUAGAUGUCUCUUUUAGGACUAAUAAUAAAGAAAUUACUUGGAAUGAAUUACUGACAAAAAUAAAAUAAUGUUCUUUACACAAAUAAAUAGUCUUUUAAAAUCGGGUGACAGUGGUUUUAUAGUAAUAUACAAUGGAAUCGUUUCUUUUAUGUCGUCUACCUUUCUAAUAUAUAUUACUAUAUUACAAGUGAGCAUAGCAACAUUUAUUAACAUAUUUUAUAAUUAUGGUAUUAUCCUUACCCUUUAAACACGGUUUGGCUCAAAUGUAUUAAUAUUCUUAAUGUGACCUAAAUGUACUACCUCUAAAAAAGCUGUCAGACAGACACUUUCAACUAAAUGUAAUAAAUUGUUUGUACAAUAAUAUAGAUUUUAAGCACUUGAAGAGAUAAUAUUAAAGGUAUGAAAGAAGUUACCAUUAAAGAUGUUUUAAAAUAAAA